CGUCGGGGGCGGUGCCGCAGGAGUUGCCCCUGGUAACGGGGGAGGCAGGAGGAGGAGGAGGAGGAGGAGGAGGAGGGACUCGGCGGGAGGAUGGGCUUACUCUCAAUCUUGCGCAAAUUGAAAAGUGCACCAGACCAGGAGGUGAGAAUCCUUCUCCUGGGCUUGGAUAAUGCUGGUAAGACCACUCUUCUGAAGCAGCUGGCAUCUGAAGACAUCAGCCACAUCACACCUACACAGGGUUUUAACAUCAAAAGUGUACAAUCACAAGGUUUUAAACUGAAUGUAUGGGACAUUGGUGGCCAGAGGAAAAUCAGACCAUACUGGAGGAAUUAUUUUGAAAACACUGAUAUUCUCAUAUAUGUAAUUGACAGCGCAGACAGAAAAAGAUUUGAAGAGACGGGUCAGGAACUAGCUGAAUUACUGGAAGAAGAAAAGCUAAGUUGUGUGCCAGUGCUCAUCUUUGCUAAUAAGCAGGAUCUGCUCACAGCAGCCCCUGCCUCUGAAAUUGCAGAAGGACUGAACCUGCACACCAUCCGCGACCGAGUCUGGCAGAUCCAGUCUUGCUCGGCUCUCACGGGAGAGGGCGUUCAGGACGGCAUGAACUGGGUCUGCAAAAACGUCAAUGCAAAGAAGAAAUAAAAUCUUGACGAAUGGAGACGCAGGAGCUGAGGGAGCUGAAUUCUGUCAUGAAAAACACUAAUUUGCUGCUUUCUGACCAAAUGUUUUUCCAUCUGUGUACAGCUACAGCUGUGUGAAGAGAGGGAACAACACAGUUUAAAAAGAAUCCCCAUUCCAGCAGUAGAUUUAACAUGAUCUCUGAGGUUCAGUAUCAUUUUUCAAAUAAAGGAAUUAUAUUAUUUCCUCUGCAUAA